UAUAUUUGUAAAUUAAUAAUUAAAGUUAAGCGUGAGUGCAAACUUGCAAAAUAAAUAAGAAAAUGACUCUAAAGUUGUAUUUUGAUCUUAUGUCACAGCCAUCUCGAGCAUUAUAUAUUCUAUUAAAAAACAUUAAAUGUGAUUUUACUCCAGUGCCUGUAGAUUUACGAAAAGCCGAACAUUAUUCUGAAGAAUAUACAAAAGUUAACCGAUUUCAACGGGUGCCUGUUAUAGACCAUAAUGGGUUUGUGCUAACUGAAAGUGUUGCCAUCCUCAAAUAUUUAUCGCGCGAAGGCAUUAUCCCCGAUAGCCUGUACCCAAAGGAUUCCAAGCAAGCUGCCAGAGUUGAGGAGUUUCUAGAAUGGCAACACGCAGGGUUGAGACUGCACUGUGCCAUGUUCUUUAGAGUAAAGGCGCUGGACCCAAUAAUAACCGGCAAAGCCCCAGACCCAAAGACACUGCAGGGCUAUGAGCGCCGCAUGGAGAACGCCCUGAGCAUGUUCAAUGACCUGUGGCUCGGGCAAGGCAAACCGUUCGUGGCUGGAGACCGCAUUAGUGUGGCAGACUUGCUUGCUGCGUGUGAAGUAGAGCAGCCCAGAAUGGCUGGCUACGACCCUAAUGCCAAGUACCCGAACAUCGCCGAAUGGAUGCGGCGAGUUCGCGAACAUUUCAACCCGCACUACGACGAGGGACAUGUCAUCCUCAACAAGAUUGUGCGGAAUAAGAGUAAAAUGGCUCCUAAGCUUUAAGGCGAUAGUGGAC